UUUUUUUUCUCUCAAGAAAAUCAUGUUCAGAAAAGAAAAUUCACCAAUUCCUCUUUUUUAGCUUCACAGAAAAAAAAUCACAAUUUUUUUCAAAAUAAAAGUAAAAAUAAAAAAGCGACGACUUUUUCGAAUAUGAUUAUUGAUAUUGAUUUGUUCCAAUUCAUUCAUGAAUUGCGCUAGGGUUUCGUAAUUUCAGAGGGUUUUUUUUUUUGAUAAAUAAAUUCGCUUCAAAGUUUUCUUCUUUUUUCGAUUUUGCGUUUUGGGUUGUUGCUUGAGAAUCGAAUUUUAGGUGUUUGAAGAAAGUUCUGAGAGGGGAAAAAAAUUAUGAUGGCUGCUUCUUCUUCUUCAGCUACUGUCGCAGUUGAGAAAGCAACUAGCGAUCUUCUUAUGGGUCCUGAUUGGACCAUGAACAUCGAAAUUUGUGAUUCCAUCAAUUCUAAUCAUUGGCAACCGAAAGAUGUGGUAAAAGCUGUGAAGAAGAGAUUACAACAUAGGAGCUCUAAAGUUCAAAUACUAGCUCUCACGCUUCUGGAGACUAUGGUGAAGAACUGUGGUGAGUAUGUGCACUUUCAAAUUGCCGAGAGGAGCGUAUUGGAGGAGAUGAUAAAGAUUGUAAGAAAGAAGGCAGACAUGCAUGUGAGGGAUAAAAUUUUAGUACUGCUGGACUCGUGGCAAGAGGCGUUCGGAGGUGCUGGUGGAAAAUAUCCUCAGUACUAUUGGGCAUAUGAGGAAUUAAAGAGAUCUGGAGUUUCUUUUCCGAGGCGUUCACCAGAUGCAGCUCCAAUAUUUACUCCACCUCUAACUCAUCCAUCUUUAAGACAUAUGCAAGCUGGAUAUGGGAUGCCAAGCAAUUCUUCAAAAACACUAGAUGAAACAAUGGCAACAGAGAUUGAAAGUUUGAGUAUGUCAAGCUUGGAGUCCAUGCGGCAUGUGUUGGACCUAUUGAGUGACAUGCUACAAGCUGUAAAUCCCAGUGACCGUGGGGCUGUAAAAGACGAAGUAAUUGUUGAUCUUGUUGAUCGUUGUCGCACCAACCAGAAGAAAUUGAUGCAGAUGCUGACAACAACUGGGGAUGAGGAACUUCUUGGGCGGGGCCUCGAACUGAACGAUAGUAUUCAAAGUUUGCUUGCAAGGCACGAUGCAAUUGCUUCCGGCACUUCUUUUCCAAUUCCAGGUGCAAGUUCCAGUACUAUGUCACCUGAAGUUCAAGCCAGUAUCAAUCAAAAUGAAGUACAGACCUCCAUCCCCUCCGAGUCUGUUUCAACACCUAAAGCUAGCCCUCCUGCCACAGUUUAUUCUGAAACAAGGGGUGAGAGUGAUGAAGAGGAAGAAGACGAGUUUGCACAGCUAGCUCGAAGGCAUUCUAAGGCACAGUCAGUGACUUCAAAAGAUGCUACAAUUGGAUCUAGCGAAAAUUCCUAUGUGCCAGAGCCCUCAACAUCCAAUGCAUUAGCUCUUCCCGACCCACCGGCACCUAUUAGUACUUCAAAAGAUCAGGACAUCAUUGACUUACUAAGCAUCACUUUGUCCUUGACGCCAUCUUCUCCGCCGACAUCGUAUCUGCCAUCAGCUCCUAACCAAGGGAUGCAUCAGAUACCUGCUCCAUCUAAAACCGAAGGUUAUUCUUAUGCUCCUCAAACGUAUCCUGGAAAUUUGCCAUACAACAACAGUUAUGUUGCUCCUUGGGCUCAACCUCAAUCUAAAUCAGAGUUUCAAACACAGCAGCCUCGACAACAGAUGUAUCAAUCUCAGCCCCAACCCACAACCUCUCCCUCACCUCAACAAUUGCACGCACGUUAUGAAUCCGAGCAAGCGCUGCAUCAUCAACAUUCCCAACAGCCCCAAUCGGAACUUCCUCAAUCACAGUCGCAGAAUCAACACCGGCAAUAUAACCCUCCUCAGCCUCAACAUCAUCCACAUUUACAGUCUCAACCACAACCACAACCACAGUUGCAAAUACAGUCUCAACCUCAGCAUCAACCACAAUUUCAGAAUCAACAUAUUCAAUACGCUGCAAGAUAUCCUCCACCGCCAUGGGCUGCUACACCCGGAUAUGCCAACUAUCAAGGCCAUUUAUCAGCUCCAAAUGCGAUUUCGACUUCUCAAGGAAAUGCGACAGCAUCUUAUCCUCCUGCACAAGGGGUUAGCAGGCCCUUGCAACAUAAUAAUUCAUUCACUUCACCAGGAAUAGAUCCCAGAGGGAAUUCUGGACAAAGACCCUUUGUUCCAUCUUACAAGUUAUUUGAAGAUUUGAAUGUGUUUGGAAACACUGAUGGAAGGGUAAGUGGUACAUCAUCGAACGUGUCGGGGACAAUGGGACCUGGUAUGGUUGGCGGACGUAAGUGAAAGUUUUAAUUUUAUGUUCAUCUAUGUAUAAAAAAGAAUGUGAUGUUGAUAAUUUGAAGUGCUGUAUACCAGUAUUGCUAGCUUCUUCACAUUUGCAAUUUAUGUAAGUUUUUUAGAUUGAUGGAAGUCAUUAGUUUUGAGUGUUACCUAACUCAGAUGACAGAUGGAACAUUCUUUGAUAUAAGAUUUUAGUUUCUGGUAGUGGUUCUUAUC